UGAAGCUUGUUCUUUGAUGAUUUAGUUGGGAAAUUGGAGGAGCUUGGUGGAGGUUCUGAUCAGUUUGUGAGGGUCGGACGUUGGAUUAGGUUGUGGUUGAGUUGUGACUGGAGGGGGCUUGUGGUGGAAUUUGGGUGAAAUUUUGAUCUUUUCUGGCUUGGAUUUGGUUCGGAUUGUUGCUAGAUCCAUGAAUGUGGGUGCUUAAAAAAGUGCAGAGGUCUCAUAAAAAUGCCAUUUUUGUCCUUUUCCCCCUCCUUUUUACUUUUGGUGGGUGUCUGUGUUGUAUCGGGAGUUGCUGCUUAGCUGCACUGAAGCACAAUGUUUGUUUGUGUCCGUUGAUUUUCCUUUCUACUGGAAGUAGUGCCCUUUUAGGAGGAAGGUUGGGAAUCGAUUGGGUUGCUGGAACGCACUGAUUUGGGAAAAUGGUUACUUGUGUAUAUUGUCUAUGAUUAAAUGUUGGUGAUGCUUAAGUGGAUAUUCUGCGCACUUGGAUCUGAAAGUGAGAAAACAAGGGCUCUGUGGAAUUGUCCAAAAUUAGAUGCGUGAGAAAAGAAUUGAUUUUGAUGUAAUGCUUAAUUUGAUCCAAAACUUUAAUUUAGCCAACAACUGUAUUUUGUAAUCUUUGAUUUUCUGAGGACACCCACCACUAGAUCUGGCUGGACCAAUUUAAGAGAUGCUCAUGAGAGAGAAAAAAGAAGACAUGAGCAAUUGUCCAGCACCAUGGAUCUGAGUUCGAGAAUGCCUUUGCUUGGAUUUUGCACAAGUUGGAAAAUGCAGAGCAAAGCUUCAUCAGAUAAACGCCGAUGGAGCUUCCGAAAGAGAUCAGCCAGGCACCGAGUACUAAGCAACAGUGUGGUCUCAGAAUCCGUGUCUAUCAGCUAUAACAAGGAAAGCACAGAAGUCGUGACCAAUACUUUUGAUUCUCCAAUCUAUUCUUCUAUUCCAGAAAAAAAAACCAUAGAACAAAGGAUAAACGAAACUUUCCCAUUGCCAUCUGCUGGCAUGGAUUCUGAAGUAGCUAAUCCUCUGGCAAAAAAUGAAAAUUUCCCUGCCAGUGACAUCAACCUCGAUGAAUCUGUUGCUAUUGUCAUUCAGGCUGCUACCCGGGGAUACUUGGCUAGGAGAGAAUUCCAAAAACUUAAGACUGUUGUCAAGUUGCAAGCAGCUGUACGUGGACAUUUGGUUAGGAGACAGGCCAUCGGAACAUUGCGUUGUGUCCAAGCCAUUGUAAAACUGCAGGCGCAUUUGCGAGCUCGUCGCGCUGAGAAGUCAGCUGCACAAGAGGUUGACCUCCAGGAAAAGGGAAAUUCUUGCAUGAAGCCAAAUAAAACAUAUUCCUCAACCAAGAUACUUCUUUCAAAUCGAUUUGCUUGUCGGCUUUUGGAGGCUAAGACACGGGAAAAACCCAUUCAAAUAAAAUGCGAUACUUCAAAAUCUGAUGAUUCAGCAUGGAAAUGGUUGGAGAGGUGGAUGGCUGUGACUUCAUCAGAUAUAGGACAGCAACUGGAGCCAAAACUUAUUCAGGGUCAUAUGAGCCAAGAAGGAAACACUGAGUUGGUUGAUUAUGAAGCAAGAAAAGAGGUUCCACCUGCAGUCUCUAUGCCGUCUGAUGCAGAGAUAGCUUCCGAUGAAAUAAGAGUACCAGCUAGUGGUGAAGCGGAUGUGUCAACUAAAAGUUCUGGUACCUUGAAGUUCGAGGCUCCAAUAUCUGUUCCAGAUAAUUGCUUAAGUUCAUUAGUGAAAGAUGACCAGGAUAAAACUCAGUUCAAGAAUGAGACUUUGGGUAUCACACAAGAGAAUUGUACAAAGAUUGAGAAUGUUAAUGAAACAAUUAUUGAUUCUCUAUCAAGUCAAAAUCAUUUGGAAUCAAAUCCAGCUGCAAAGAUAGUUCUUGAUAAUGCUUCUGAGAAGCAUGAUUUUGACUGCAACAGCUUGAAGAAUACUUCUAAAAGUGCAUUUUUUGAACCAGUAGCUGAAGGAAAGAAACUUGUACAAGGGUUGAGAAAACCAUGCAAUCCAGCAUUUGCUGCUGCACAGUCAAAAUUUGAAGCGCUGAGCUCGAGCUCUUCUAUUGGCAGGUCUAGUAAUUCUGCUUGUCAAGAUGCUGCAGCCAAGUUGAAAUUAAAUAGCUUUUAUUUUCAAGUAGAUGCUUCAAAGGAGAGUAAGGACAUAAGCUUAACGGAGAACUCAGUAUCUCAUGAUCCAAGAGUUCAAAAUGCUGCUUCAGAAUGCGGCACUGAAAUUUCUAUCUCCUCCACACUUGAUUCACCGGACAGAUCUGAAACUGAAGGUGGGGAAAUUGUCCUAGAAAUUGGAGCUUUGGAGAAGGGCCACUAUGAUGUCAAUGGCGAUGCUGAUACUGAUCAUAAUCUUGUUAAAAUGAAUAUUGAAGAAAAGAACUUGUCCUUUGAUAAGGAGGCCCUUCAGUCGCAAAGAUCUGUGGAAAGUGAUGGAAAUUUACUCAAGUCACCUGCUGCCAGUAAUGUAGUGCAGGUGGAACAUCAGCCAGCUGAGCCAACCACAUCAGAUAUGCCGAUUCAACUGGAAAGUUCCACUCAGUCAUCACCAGAAGGAACCCCCAAAAGCCGUACAAUGGUCCCUGAGUCACAGAGAACACCAUCAAGUCAGAUAUCUGUGAAUGCCAAAAAGACCAAAAAAGAAAAUAAUGUGCCUGUUCAAAAUCAAAGGUCUCAAUUGGUAGGCAAGAAGUCACCAUCUAAUCUAAACAAUGAUUCAGGUGGAAGGACCAGUACUGAGCAAUUGCGAAGGGAUUCAAAGAAUGCGAAAAGGCGUAACUCAUUCGGGAUGGCUAAACUAGAUCAUGUUGAUCAUGAACCUAGGAUCAGCAGUAGCAAUUCCCUUCCAAGUUACAUGCAAGCCACUGAAUCUGCAAGGGCCAAGGCCCAUGCCAAUAUUUCUCCAAAAUUAAGCCCUGAAGUGCAUGAUAACCAUGUGAAGAAAAGACAUUCCUUACCUAUAGCAAAUGGCAAACAGGGUUCAUCCCCACGCAUGCAGAGAUCGACAUCACAAGCACAACAGAACUCAAAGGGCAAUGCCAGUCAUUCUCCUCAUAAUUCUGCAGAGAGGAGAUGGCAAAGAUGAUCUUAAAAGCCUUCUGAGCAACAUGAUCUGUACUCAUCCUGAAAAAAAUGGUAUGGAUUUCGAGGUCCAUCGAAAUUAGCUACUUCAGUAGUGAUUUUAAUACAUCCUGCGCUUUUGUUAUUGGCAUAUGGUGCAACAAAUGGGCAAGAAGCAGAUCAAGAUAACAUGAUGUAUGCUACUGUUUGAUGUAAGCUUCGGCCCAUAGUUUGUUAUGUCGGCUUUUUAUGUGUGUGAUAUAUGACUGGAGUCCAGAAGGUUGUUUUGUGCUUUCAUAGAACAAGCCUGAUGUGUUUAUUUGCACCAAAAGUUUUUGAGUUUUGAUUGCAAUAAACCGAGACUGCCUUCUACAUUA